AUGCCUGAGGACCUAUCGCAUUCUCGUCUACCGGGGCCUCCUUUCGAUAAACUCGAAAACUUCAACUUCUUAUUGUCUCGGCACGAUCCAGCAGCCAAAGCGCGACAGUACUCAUUUGACGCUGACACCGGGCUGGUCCCGUUUGCCAACGUGAAUAUGGAUUAUGAUCAGACCGAGGGUAUGGGAGGCUUGUCUGUUAGCUCCUACGAUAGUAUUGAGGAUGAACGGUCUUCCCUCGAUCUCCGGGGAUAUCCCUAUCACGGACCAACCGGGGAUAAAUCCAUCAACUAUUCCAUUCCCGACCACAUGAUGCCGUACUCGGCUCAUUCUAUCUACCCGCCGGUCCCCUUUGCGCCCGAUGAGCUCGGCCAUGCUCCGGGACAGAUGACUCCAUCUGAUGUCUCAUCAUCCAUCUCUCCACCUAAUGGUCAGAUGGGCAACAAUAAGUACAGCACUUCCAUCUCCGGAGACCGCAUUGCCGCGGCUCUGGGUCAAGAGGAAGGUGUACGAGGUGCUGCCGAAGAGGACCGACGUCGUCGUAACACGGCGGCUAGUGCUCGCUUCCGCCAGAAGAAGAAGCAGCGUGAGCAGGUUCUUGAGAGGACGGUCCGUGAGACCACAGAGAAGAAUGCUUCCCUUGAGGCCCGCGUCGCCCAGCUUGAGAUGGAAAACCGAUGGCUAAAGAAUCUUCUGACUGAGAAGCACGAGGCUACUACUACUCGUAUGCCUCCUCCUCCUCAGGACAGCACAGCCUUAGAACCGAAGUCCGCCGUCACCAGGGGUCAAAAACAUAUUCAACCUAAAAAGAAGGGCGUGGGCACUGACGAGUAA